AUGAAUUGAGGUAGAUGCGCGAAAAUUGUUUCGAUCAGUGUCUCCAGUCCACGUCCUGCCUGUUUCUUUUCCAUUCAUCUUAACCGGAGGUGGUCAAAAUGGAUCCGGCAGCAAUUGACCAUGCCCUCCUGGAUCAGCUGGUAGUGGACACUUACAUCAACAUUUAUUAUGCUCCCAUGAACAAAUGGUUCCCGGCAAAAGUGCUGCGAAUAGAUUCUAAAUCCGGCCAAGUGUAUGUGCACUACAAAGGAUGGAAGGCCAGAUUCGACGAAUGGAUCCCGGUGCAAUCGGAACUGGUGAGGCAAAUAUCGACAGGGGGAGGCACCUCUAAAUUGCCAUCUUCAGAUAGCAAGAAAAGGGAGGGGGAGAAUGAUGAUUUCAUAGAUGUGGCCGUGCUGCAGAAGAAAUCCAAACAUGAACAGUCUACGCCAAUCAAGAAAGCAAAUCUUGUUAUUGAAUAUAACAUUGGAAAGCGAAAGAGUUCAAAUGUAUCUGGAGGAUCGGCGGAGAUGCAGAAAUAUGCGACUGGUCAGAUGCUGCUGGGACAGUGGAAAGAUGGGCACAAAUAUGUAUGCUUCAUCCAGUCACAAUCCAACACGGAUAAAGGCUUGUACCAUGUGAAGUUCUACGAUGGCUCCAAGGGGGCAGUACCUGCUCACAAGCUGAGUCCCGUCACUCCAAUCGCAUUGAAAGAGUAUGAGCAGUGGAAGUGGGAAGAGGAGCAGAUGAAGGAGUACAGGAAGAAAACAGGCAAGCGAGUGAAGACUUACUCGGAGUUGAUGCAACUCAUGAAGACGACAAUUGCAGAUACUGCACAACCUGCAUUGACUCCUUCGAAGCUUGAUACUGCAUCAUCGCUUGCCUCAGAUUUAACAGACACCUUAAAUCUGUCAAGCGGAGACUUGGCUUCCUCGCUAUCACUUAGCAAGGACAGUGAAGAUGGUUCAUUCGUGUGUGAAGAGCCAGAUUGUGGCAAGAAGUUUCGAAAAGCCACUCUAUUACUGCACCACACCAAACAUUACCACAAGCACUCGUCUCUCUUGGUAGACGAAGAAGUUUCCAAGUCUUGCUCUGCGGAUGUGUUGGCAGGACGACUGAAGGAGGAGAGGUCGGUGGGAGAUUUAUCAGUGAGCAGGAAAAAGAUACAGUCGAAGCAAGAACGAAAAAAUAGUACUGCCAGUUCAACCGCUUCGUUGCAGUCUAGCCCACAAAAGAAAAUAAAAACAAAGCAACCUUCGAAGCCAGACGUAGUAAGCAGGAAGAUGAAAAGCAAACCUAUGAAGAACAGUCGCAGUCAGUGUCAGAAAAGGUCAUUCAAGUCCUCUUUUGCAGCGGCAUUUCAGUUGGCUACUUCUAGUUUGAUCAAGAAAGUUGAAGAUGGAGAUGAAGAUGCGGGUGCUGAUUUGAGCUCAGCCGACGAGAGUGCUUUGGUAGGAGGGGCAAGGGAAGGAGAAGGCUUAGAUGUGAACAAAAGUGAAGAGGAAAGUGAUGUUUUUGUUGUGGAAGGCCAAGUGGGAGAAAGAGAAAUAGCUUCUUUAGCUGUUGAUACCAAAGGCGCGCGACUAGAAAUUUCUUCCAAACUACCUUUGGAAAAUGAUCUGUAUAAAAACGAAGUUGCUUCAACAAACAGCAAAGCAUUCACGGCUGAGGAAGCGGACGAUACAAGUGAAAGCAUUAUGCGGUUCAAGGCUAAAUCUAAACUGCCGAAAACCAACAAAAAGACUGCUAAGCCGAAAUUCAAACUAACUGGCAGUUUGGGAGGGGGCAAGUUCUACUGUAAAUUAUGUGGAGGCGAUUUUUCUUCCAAGAAGCUGUAUGACAAGCACUUAUCGAUCCACGGGCUGACCCCAGAAACUGUCUCAGGAAAUAGUGCUAACGAAAAUGAGAAAACGAAGGCUCACAUUCCAAUGAAAACAGAGUGUAGCCCGGUUAAGUCGCCUGAAAAAAGUCCUGCUAAACCUUUGACGCCAGUUCGGGGAUCUUUUUCAGAUAACACAAAGUCAUUUAUUUGCCCUGUUUGCUCACAGAAGUUUUCAACUGAGGACAGUUUAGUUAAUCACCAGAAAGUGAGGUUACACCAAGUGAAUGAAAUGAGUGAAGAAGACAAUGAACAAAAAAGAGUAACGAGUGAACUAAUUGCAGAAAGUAAAACAAAUGAGUCACCAGCGAAAUCGGAUUUCGACGUGACGUUUUUGUCCCAGUCUUUACCAAACAUGAGCUUCAAGAAGACAAGUUAUGCCUCGAGAGAGGGAAAACUAAAGCGAAAGAAAGCUUUGGUUGAAAAUUUAAAACGAUCGAAAUUGCCCAAAGUUGCUAAGAUAAGCGAAAGGGGAACAAAUGAUAACCAAGCUUCAAAUGCGGAAUCUGAUACACAGAAUGAACGUUUUGCUGAAGUUUCACAGCCUGAUGAAAAUUUUGUGCCUGUGUUUCUAGACCCGCCUUCUUCUGCUGAUGAAAGUACAAAUGAUGAGUCAGCAGCAGAAAAAGUGCUAGAGACCAGAGGGAGAAAUAAAUUGAACCCUAUCAAGUGCCCACAUAUUGGAUGUCAUGAGUCAUUUAGAAAAGAAGCAUUUUUGAGUCUACAUUUGAAACAUAUCCAUACCGCGAAGAAACGAAAAGCUCACGACGGUAAUUCGAGCAAGUCAAUAAUUUACAACAAAAAUGUACCGAAGAGUAAAAUUUCAGUUGGAAUUAAGAAAGAAAAAGGAUCACCGACUAAAAAUAUUUCUCAGGAAGUUAAGAAAAGCAACGCUGAAAAUAAAACUGCGGGAGCUAAAUCUUCUAAGUCAAACUCAGCUGAUGUUAAACUGAAGACCCCGAUUAAAGAGUCUUACAAUGAUAUUUUAAAUGAAAGUACAUCCUUACCUACACAGCUUUCGCCUCUGUCAAGCGACGCUGAAACAGACAACAACAUUAGUUUCAGUAAAAUAUCUGUUCGAGAUUCACCUUUAAAAGAUGGUCUCAAAAAGAUUCUGACGUUUAGUCGACCAAUAUUAGGUGAAAGUCAAACUGCCGGUGACUCAUAUGAUUCAUCGCCUAGUAAGAGUCACAAGAGGGCUACAAUAGAUGAUUCGGAUUCGGUUGCUUCCGAGGAAUCGGAGGGAUGGUCGGGUGAAGUUAUCAGAUGUGUAUGCGAGGAUACAGAUAUUUUUGGAACUAUGGUUCAGUGCAACUUCUGUGAUUCCUGGCUCCAUGGCGAAUGUCUAGGAGUAACUGAGGCUACGUUGCCAGAUACUUAUGAGUGUCCAUACUGUGAAGCCAAAAAGAGAGUUCGCAAGUCAAAUAGUGUUUCGAAUAACCACUGGUUUAUGUUUGCAUCCAACAAUGACAGCUCUUUGGAUCCGAGCAAAGAAGAUAGACUCGCGUUUGAUAAAGAAACUUUGCCAUGGAUCAACGCAACAAACCAAUUUGCUGAAGACUUUUACCAUCUCAAGGAAAUGCUACAUACAUUAGAGGUUCUGAACUCUAUCAUGCAAGAUCCCGGACACCCAGAGUAUCCACAGCUAGUUCUUAGAUUCCAACAUGCACUGCAUACAUUUGACAGUGAGGCCAGUGCGUUGGAUCAUUGUGACUUGGAUCCAACAGUGGUUAAGUUACUGGCAGAACUGGGCGAUGACGCGAAUGAAGCUGGUUUGACGUCACCAGUGCAAUUACCACCACAGAAUCUGAAAUCCACUGAUUCAAAGCCUGCUGCUUUGACUGCAUCUGGUCUUCAAGCAUCUUCAGCUUCUGUUGUUGCACUUAAUAAUGAGACGCUAACGCUCGUUCCAACUGAAGAAACGCUGCACGAAAGAGCCCAUACUGUAGAUACUUCUGCGAAAGAGACAGACAUUGGGCCUAAUAUGGCGGAAGAUAAAACUGAUAGUGCAGUUGCAGUCGAUGCAAUUGAAGCAGAUGAUGAGAAUCCUUCUGCAAAUCAGAAUGGAGCUGGUGAAGACGAUUUUUCGCUAGAUUCUGGAGUAGGGCCAAGUCAUGAAGUAGAAGAUAUUGAUUUGAACUCUUCUCUUGAAAUCGACGAAGACUCUCGAGACGAUAAAAUUCCCACCAGGCCCAAAACAACAACCCCACCUGACAGCAUAGGAGGAAAUGACGUGGAGACUCACCGGUCUCAUCCGAUUGACACGUGGAUAUCACCCCAGAAGAUGUCUUUAGAAAAAUGCAAAAGGAGAAUGUCAGCCAGUGGUAAAACAGAACUGUUCGAGGAGGAUGACAUAAGAAAUCAGCAGCUGAUCUUGAACGAAGAGAUUGAUCUGAGCGCUUCUCUUUCGUUGUCAUCGUACAAGUCUAAUAUCGAGCUGCUAUACUCUAUGCACAAGUACGAGGCACUUGAACAUAAUCCGUUGACCUCAACUCAAGUGGAAAACGCUCUAGCUAGUCAGUCGCUCACUUCACAACCAAUUUCUGCUGGAAUUGAAAACAAAGAAAAGAAUGACAAAGAUAUGGUCAAUGAUGAAAUAGGAGAAGAGACCAGGCGUGAGAGAAAAGAUGACGAAGAGGAAGAUAGCGACGAUGAAGAUGUGAAUGGAAGCAAGGAGGUUAUGUUUGACUUCUCGAAGCCCCCGAAGAACAUCUCUGAGAUGAUUGGGCGACUGACUCUUCAGCUUGAAACUAGAAUGGAUCAUCUGGAACAACUAUUCGACCAGUUAGAAUCUGGUUAUGAAGAAAGUGCAGGCAGAGUACUGAAUGAAAUACAGAGCAAUCACUCAUCUCUUUCAAAAACAGAUGAACAGUGUCUGUCUUCUUGUUUCGACGUCAGCACUGAAGCGCUCACAGAGAGGAGGAUGAAGCAACUGUCUAAUCAGUUGCACCUAUUACAACAGAUGAAGAAAAAUCCUCGAAACUGAAUGACGAGAACGCUCGCUUAAAUCAAACUCAUAGAUAUUCCAAUCAUUAGAAAUGCCGAUUGUCUUUUUUGCUACGUGAAGUGCAAUUCAAAUUUAUUAUAAACUCAAGAGAAAAAUCUA